UACCUGGCUGGUUACAUAAGUAGCUGGAAAAAUCAAACAAUGACAUACAACUAGCAAAGACAAUGUGCUUCAUUUUACUCCCCAACCAUCUAUAAUGGCCUUACUAAGAAAAAUAAAAGUAAAAGAAGUAGAAAGAAAGGACCCUACCAUGUGCUAUGAGUGGAAGUUGAAGCUCGUUGUGAUUGUUGAGAAUGAAGUCAAAGCAAGGAAUGAUCUCCCCAUGCUUGAAAUCAUCAUUUCUGUUGCCAGAAUAUUCAAAUCCAAUAUAAUGAACAAUUUCUAUUUAACAGGAUUAGGCUCCAGUAAAUUACUUUUGUAAGCUCAGCAGUUUGAAUUAUUUUCCCCUGUCAGAAUGAGAAAAGGAAAAGAUAAUGGCUGGGAGGACUAGACGUUUCUGCUGCUUCUACUAUACCUAUAUGGUGAUUUCAACUGCAAGUCACGUUUUCGCCUCAACUCUCUAUAGUUCAAAGCAACUGGGAAUGGUGUCAAAUUCUAUGCUGGUACACGUUCUGCUAAUUUUUGCAUGUUUUUUUCCAUCGCUCUUUACUCACAAAUCAGGAGAGCACCAGGAAUUGCUUAAGUCAGGCACAGCAUAAUUAGCUUCUUUUCAUACAGAGAAAAUGGCAAUAGAGCUUCUAUCUUCCAUUUCUUCGCUUGCUUCCCUAUUCUUCGUACUCUCUAUUGUUCCCCAGAUUAUUGCUGAUCUGAACUCUGAUACACAAGCACUUGUUGAUUUUGCUGCCGCUGUCCCACAUAUCCGAAAACUCAACUGGAAUUCUGGCACCUCAAUUUGCGCCUCUUGGUUUGGAAUUAGUUGUGAUUCAAAUGGAACUCGUGUGGUUGCCGUCCAUCUUCCAGGUAUCGGACUCUAUGGACCCAUCCCACCCAACACCUUAGGAAGGCUUGGUGCUCUUAGGAUCCUCAGCCUGCACUCCAACAACCUUAAUGGAAAUCUUCCUGAUGAUGUCCCUUCCAUGCCAUCUCUUCAAUUCUUAUACCUCCAACAUAAUAGUUUUUCCGGUACCUUCCCUCCUUCGCUCCCAGUUCAACUUCAUGUCUUGGAUCUUUCUUUUAACUCCUUUACUGGUAGCAUUCCAUCUACCAUUCAAAAUAUGACACAACUCUCUGCAUUGUACCUCCAAAACAAUUCAUUCUCUGGAGCCAUACCCAAUAUCGACCUCCCAAAACUGAAUAUUUUGAAUUUGAGCUAUAACAACUUUAAUGGCUCAAUUCCUAGCUCCCUUCAGAAAUUCCCUAAUCAUUCAUUUGAUGGAAACUCUCUAUUAUGCGGACCACCACUUGACCCUUGCUCCAAAGUCUCUCCUUCCCCUUCUCCGUCAUCAACUGACUUUUCUAGCUCACCUGCAGACUCUCAAAUCCAUGAUGCUACUCCCAAAAAGAAACUAGGAACAAAUUCUAUAAUUGCUAUAGCAAUUGCGGGAUUUGCAGUGCUGUUUCUCAUAGUUGUAGUCAUCUUGGUCUGCUGUUUGAAAAGAAAAGAUGAAAGAAAAAGUGUGUUGAAAGGAAAAGCUGAGAAUGAUAAGCCAAAGGAUUUUGGAAGUGGUGUGCAAGAGGCUGAGAAGAACAAAUUGUUCUUCUUUGAAGGCUGUUCUUAUACCUUUGAUCUCGAGGAUUUACUAAGAGCCUCAGCUGAAGUUCUUGGCAAAGGGAGCUACGGAACAGCAUAUAAGGCAGUUUUGGAGGAUGGAACAACUGUUGUGGUGAAACGGUUGAAGGAAGUUGCAGUUGGAAAGAAGGAAUUUGAGCAGCAGAUGGAGGUUAUAGGCAGCAUUGGACAGCACGCGAAUGUUGCCCCACUCCGAGCUUAUUACUAUUCCAAGGAUGAAAAGCUUCUAGUUUACAACUACAUGCGAACUGGCAGCUUCUCUGCACUCUUGCACAGUAACAGAGGAACAGGAAGAAAUGCACUGGAUUGGAAUGCAAGAGUAAAGAUCUGCCUUGGUGCUGCAAGAGGCAUUGCCCACAUUCAUUCUCUAGGAGGUGUGAAAUGUGUCCAUGGUAAUGUCAAGGCCUCCAAUGUGCUCCUUACACCUGAUCUUGAUGGUCUCAUGUCAGACGUUGGCUUGACUCCACUAAUGAACUUCCCUGCAACUAUAUCUCGAACCAUUGGAUACCGAGCUCCUGAGGUGAUUGAAACACAAAAAUUGAAUCAAAAAUCUGACGUUUUUAGUUUCGGAGUUGUACUUCUCGAAAUGCUGACAGGUAAAGCCCCACUUCAAGCUCCAGGGCGUGAUGAUGUCGUUGAUCUGCCAAGAUGGGUGCGGUCUGUGGUCAGAGAAGAAUGGACAGCUGAGGUGUUUGACGUUGAGCUAAUGAAGUACCAAAACAUUGAAGACGAAAUGGUGCAGAUGCUUCAGAUUGCGUUGGCAUGUGUUGCGAAAGCGCCAGACAUGCGUCCUACAAUGGAUGAAGUUGUGAGAAUGAUGGAGGGGAUUCAACAUUCUGAGUCGAAAAACCUGCCCUCUUCUGAGGCUGAAUCUAAUGCACAAACCCCAUGAGAGUUCUGAAUUUGUCCUUAGGAAUCAAACAUAUAGGGUAUUUUGUGAUAUUUACGCAUUCAUAUUUAUCUGCCAAUCAAGUACAAAUGUAGAUUGUUAUCAUUGUCGAUGCAGAUCAAUCUUCGGAAAACAAGCUUCCUUUUCUGUGCUCA